AUGGCCGACGGAUUUUUUCAUCGCCUGAACGCGGCAAUGCUGCAAACUGGAAACUAUUCUGGCCAGCUCUCUAGCUUUGUGGGCAAAGUCAAGAACCUGCAACUCGGCAAUCAAACACUCGAGUUUGAGGCGUGCGAUGGUGGUAUUAUCAAUAUGGACUUGUCCAGUGCGGAAAUGCCCGAGCAAGAAAUCGCUGGUGAUCUCGUCUGGGAGGUCAUGGGUAUUCCGGACGAAAACAAUGGAGUGACGCUGUUUGUGAUGAGAGAACUCUCGAGCGAUACCAAAUUGGAUUUGUACAACAAGAUGCUGCCCGUGCUCCAUAACCCCAAAUUUGCAAAUUAUUUUGUGCCAGCCGGAGUGGGCGGUCAAUAG